AUGAAACUCGCAGGUCUGAAAUCGAUCGAGAACGCACAUGAAGAUUCCGUUUGGGCGGCGACUUGGGUUCCGGCGACGGAUGAUCGACCUGCGUUGCUUCUGACUGGAUCUCUAGACGAGACGGUGAAGUUGUGGCGAGCGGAUGAGCUGGAUCUAGUGCGGACUAAUACCGGACACUCCUUGGGAGUAGCAGCUGUGGCGGCGCAUCCUUCCGGGAUAAUUGCAGCGUCUUCUUCGCUCGAUAGCUUCGUCCGCGUCUUCGAUGUUGACACUAAUGCUACCAUCGCUGUUCUGGAAGCUCCUCCUUCUGAGGUUUGGGGGAUGCAAUUUGAACCAAAGGGUACAAUCCUUGCUGUUGCAGGUGGAAGUAGUGCCUCGGUCAAGCUUUGGGACACUGCAAGCUGGAGAUUAAUCUCAACUCUAUCAAUCCCACGUCCAGAAGCGCCAAAACCUUCUGAUAAAACCAGCAGCAAGAAGUUCGUCCUCUCGGUAGCUUGGUCUCCAAACGGAAAACGUCUUGCCUGUGGUUCAAUGGAUGGCACGAUCUGUAUCUUCGACGUUGACCGCUCAAAGCUGCUUCACCAGCUAGAAGGUCACAACAUGCCUGUAAGGUCCCUUGUGUUCUCCCCUGUAGACCCGAGAGUCCUCUUCUCUGGAUCAGAUGAUGGGCACGUGAACAUGCACGACGCAGAAGGGAAAACGCUGGUUGGGUCCAUGUCAGGGCACACGAGCUGGGUGCUGAGCGUUGAUGCUAGCCCAGACGGUGGAGCUAUAGCCACCGGGUCGAGCGAUAGAACUGUGAGGCUAUGGGAUCUAAAGAUGAGAGCUGCGAUUCAGACAAUGAGCAACCACAAUGACCAGGUUUGGUCUGUGGCGUUUAGACCACCUGGUGGAACUGGUGUCCGGGCUGGUCGUCUCGCUAGUGUCUCUGAUGACAAGAGUGUCUCGCUAUACGAUUACUCAUGA